AUGUCGUACUCUAGAAGGUCGAGGUAUUCCCUUUCGCCCCCGUACACGCGAGACAGCAGGUCUGUCUCCCGAUCGUUGUCGAGGUCAAGGAGCUCCUCAAGAGAUGUGGAGAAUCCUGGUAACAAUUUGUACGUGACAGGGUUGUCACCGCGGAUCACCAAGAAGGAACUUCAGAAGCAUUUUGCUGCGGAAGGAACGGUGAUUGAUGUUCAUCUUGUCGUUGAUCCAUGGACAAGAGAAUCUCGUGGCUUUGGGUUUGUUACUAUGUCUAAUGUUCAGGAGGCUGAUCGUUGUAUCAAGUAUUUGGACCGCUCUGUUCUUGAGGGCCGUGUCAUUACAGUGGAGAAGGCUAAGCGGAAGAGAGGACGGACUCCUACUCCUGGAAGGUAUUUGGGGUUGAGAACAAUUCGUGUAACUCUCCUCGUCGAUCUCCUAGCUACUCUCCUUAUCGGAGGAGCUCGAGCCGGUCACCCUGUUAUUCAUCUGAACGUAGCAGGAGUAGAUCCUACUCCCCACAUUACCGUCGACGCAGGUCAUAUUCUCCUUAUUACUAUAGCCGUCGACGGUACCACUCGCGAUCUCGAUCCCCAUACAGCAGGUCCCCUGUCAGCAGGCGUGACCGGUCCUACUCACCUUAUUACUCAAGGCAUUACUCACCAGAUGACAGAUACCAACCUUAUUACUCGAGGCGUUACUCACCAGAUGACAGAUACCAACCUUAUUACUCAAGGCAUUACUCGCCAUAUGAGAGAUACCAUAGAAGAUACCGCCAUUGCUCUGAAUCUCGUAGCCCUACUCCACGAAGGGCUCGGAGGAGCUAUUCACGAAGCAUUUCACCUAGGCGAAGGAGGAGCUCAAGGAGGAGUUCAAGGAGGAGCUACUCGCGCAGUGUGUCCCCUGUCCCAAGGAGGAGCUCGAGGAGGAGCUACUCGCGCAGUGUAUCCCCUGUCCCAAGGAGAAGCUAUUCACGCAGCAUAUCCCCUGUCCCAAGGAGGAGCUCAAGGAGGAUCUCGAGGAGGAGUUAUUCUAGAAGUAUUUCUCCAAGUUCAAGGAAGAGAUCAAGGAGGUCAAGACGAUACAGCUACUCUAGGAGCCGCAGUGCAAGUUGUACUUCCAGAUCUAUCUCUAGGUCUGUCACCCCUAGCUCGGCUUCUCCGUCUCGUUGAAAGUAAAUUGAGGCUGUCGUGUUAG